UGGAGGCUCGAAGCUCGAAUUUGCUUCAUCCAUAUCUUUUAGUGUUCUUGAUUCUUGAAAAUAGUGACCAGUUGUUUUGAGUUCACAAUGAGUGAAACUGAAACCUCCAAUUCAGCCCCCAAGAACGAGACCCCAAAAGAGGUAGAACUAGCGCCAAAGCAAAAGCAAAAGCGUGAAAGAAAUUCCGAGGACUCUAUUUCAGCUGCAAAGAAGUCGAAAACCGAACAAGAGCAAGACCCAGAUGUUGAUUUAGGUGAAGGGAACAAGGAUAGUGGGGUCAAUGAGCCAAAUUCAGGUGGGAGGGAAAUGGGUUUUAAGAUUGAAGCUGAUGCAGCCGAGGAUAAGGGGUUACGGCACGCCAUGGAGGACGCUUGGGCUGUGCUCUUGGACGCCAGCUUGGAUUUUCCGGGAAAAUUGAGAUGUGCGCAUUUUGCAAUUUAUGAUGGGCAUGGAGGUCGAUUAGCUGCAGAGUAUGCUCAGAAGCAUUUACAUACAAAUGUGCUUUCAGCCGGAUUACCACGUGAGUUGUUAGAUGUAAAAGCAGCCAAGAAAGCCAUACUUGAUGGUUUUCGGAAAACUGAUGAGUCUCUUCUUCAAGAAAGUGCUGCAGGGGGAUGGCAGGACGGUGCUACAGCUGUAUGUGUCUGGAUAUUAGGAAAAACUGUUUUUGUUGCUAACAUUGGGGAUGCAAAAGCAGUGGUAGCAAGAUCAUCUCCUGCUGAGGGAUUGAAGAAUGGAUCUGAUGAAGCAUGUCAUCUGAAGGCCAUUGUUUUAACAAGGGAACACAAAGCUAUCUAUGCACAGGAGCGUGCUCGUAUUCAGAAGGCUGGUGGUAAUGUGAGUUCAAAUGGACGACUACAGGGGCGCCUUGAAGUUUCUAGGGCCUUUGGAGAUCGCCAUUUCAAAAAGGUGGGUGUUGUUGCAACCCCAGAUAUUCAUUCAUUUGACCUUACAGAGAGAGAGCACUUCAUAAUUCUUGGUUGUGACGGCCUCUGGGGGGUAAUUGGACCAAGUGAUGCUGUUGCUUUUGUUCAAAAACUUUCGAAGGAGGGACUACCUGUUUCAACUAUUAGCCGCCGUCUUGUAAAAGAAGCUGUGCGUGAACGGCGCUGUAAAGAUAACUGCACUGUAAUCAUAAUCAUGUUCAGGCACAAGUAGUUCUAGGCGCCAAUUCAUUUUAAAAGGAAUACCCGGCUACUGGCUAUGAAGCACCGUGAGGGUUUGUUUCUUUAAUUGUGUAAGCUCAACAAUAUGUUGUCCACCAUUGGUUAGUUGCUCAGUCAUGAAGUAACCAUUGAAUUGUUGAAAACUUGAUAUAUGCAGCCUGGGAUUCUUGGUGCAGAUAUUGCUAGAUGUUUUAAAAUUGUAUUGCUCUAACACAA